UGUCAGCACUCUCAGCUUCAUUCCUCCACAUCUCAUCGCCCAGAACCAGCCAUCCGAACAGGGUCAGUAGAGUACUGCUCCAGUCCAGGGCCCGAAGCCGCUUCGGAGAAACCCUCUCUCCCAGAGUCGCUCACCAUGGCAGGGGUCGGUGGUGAGAGCGGUGAUGUGCAGUGGUGCUUUUCCCAAGUCAAGGGAGCGAUAGAUGACGACGUCGCCGAAGCGGAUAUCAUAUCAACUGUUGAGUUCAACCACUCUGGGGAGCUGCUAGCUACUGGAGACAAAGGAGGUCGUGUUGUCAUCUUUCAACAGGAGCCAGAGAGUAAGAAUCAGCCGCAGUGUCGUGGAGAAUACAAUGUUUACAGCACGUUUCAGAGCCAUGAGCCUGAGUUUGACUACCUGAAGAGCCUUGAGAUUGAGGAAAAGAUCAACAAGAUUCGAUGGUUGCCCCAGAAAAAUGCUGCUCACUUCCUGUUAUCCACAAAUGAUAAAACCAUCAAGCUGUGGAAAAUUAGCGAGCGAGACAAAAGACCUGAAGGUUACAAUUUGAAGGAAGAUGAUGGUCGAUACAGAGAUCCAAAUACAGUGACAACAUUACGGGUGCCGGUAUUCUUGCCAAUGGACCUGAUGGUGGAGGCCAGCCCCCGGAGAGUGUUUGCCAAUGCUCAUACCUACCACAUCAACUCCAUCUCGGUCAACAGUGAUUGUGAAACGUACCUGUCCUCAGAUGACCUUCGCAUCAACCUGUGGCACUUGGAGAUCACUGAUCGCAGCUUUAACAUUGUUGACAUUAAGCCAGCUAACAUGGAGGAAUUGACCGAGGUGAUCACAGCAGCAGAGUUUCAUCCAAACCAAUGCAACACAUUUGUGUACAGUAGCAGUAAAGGAACCAUCCGCAUGUGCGACAUGAGGGCGUCAGCACUGUGCGACAACCAUGCAAAACUAUUUGAAGAGCCAGAGGAUCCAAACAAUCGUUCCUUUUUCUCGGAAAUCACUUCUUCUAUCUCUGAUGUGAAGUUCAGCCACAGCGGACGAUACAUGAUGACCCGCGACUACCUGUCUGUUAAAAUCUGGGACCUCAAUAUGGAGACUCGUCCAGUGGAAACUUAUCAGGUGCAUGAAUAUCUCAGGAGCAAGCUGUGUUCACUCUACGAGAACGAUUGCAUCUUUGACAAAUUUGAGUGCUGUUGGAAUGGGAACGACAGCGUUGUCAUGACGGGGUCCUACAACAACUUCUUCAGGAUGUUUGACCGAGGCUACAGGCAGGAUGUGACCCUGGAAGCGUCACGGGAGAACAACAAACUGCAGUCCGUCCUUAAACCUCGCAAAGUAAGCUCGGGUGGGAAGCGCAAAAAGGAUGAGAUCAGUGUCGAUAGUCUGGACUUUAACAAGAAGAUCCUCCACACUGCCUGGCAUCCCAUGGACAACAUCAUUGCCGUUGCCACCACCAAUAAUCUGUACAUAUUCCAGGACAAACUAGACUAGCAUUUGAUGAAGCAUUUCUGCCCCAUUUACACAGAAAAAAACUAAAUGUGUCUAAUUGCUCAAUUGUGUCUUAGACCUUGAGUGUGACAAAUUAUCAGAAGCACAUUUUCCAUGUGUAAUACAACAACCUACAGACUUUGUAGGUCUCGUUGCAGACUUUGGGAUUCAGGGGCUUUGGUUUCCCUCUAAUAGAAGCACUUGUUCCUCCAGCUACUUGUUGCAACUCCACUACUACGACCAAAGGGAAGAUGUGUUAAAAACACAUUUUUUAUGUAUUCUUUGGUGCCAUUGUGACAUGAUUUAUUUUUUGUUUAUUGUAGCUACCGAUUGUUGAUGCAUUUGUGUAGCUGUCAUGUUUUAUUAGUUUUAACAGAAAAUAUUUUCAAUUGUUAAGACAUCUUGUUUGCACUGGCAUGAAGCACUACUGAUCCAAGUGGUUAACAGUCCUUAUUUGCCCGAAAGUAUUUUUCAAGUUGGCAAAUUCACUCCUCACUCCUCCCAUAAUGAAUCGGUAUGUUCUGAAGGGGCCAUUCUAACAUUUAACAGAUAAACUCAUUCCCAAAGAUGUAUCAUCAGAUACAGCAGAUGUAUAUCAGAAACAUUACUGUCAACCCUUUUCUGCUGCAUACUAAUAUGUACUUGCUUAAAUUGUUACCUGAGGGCUGACAGAGGUUUACAUAGAUUUUUAUCUGUCAGGUAACUAGCAGACACUCGAAAAUGACUUCUAGCACAUACAUUUUUGAGUCACUGACAAUAAUUGCAUGCACGGGGCAUUCUUUACUUGGCCAAUGUCUUCUGACUUAAUUUAUUUCAUCAUGAAUGCAAAGUUUUCAUGAGACAAAAGUGCAUGUUGUGUUUAAAACAUUUCCCCCUCAGCUGCAUUACCAAAAUCAUUCAGACAUUUAAUAGUGUAUAUAGAAAUUAUUUUGGAAAAUGGUGAGAAAUAGUGGAUGCUAUUCUGUUGAGGAACAACAAUAAAAAUAAUUGUUGGCUUUGACAGGAUAGCAUACAUAAGUGCAGCAGGCUAUUGUGGUUAUAGGGAAUGAGUCAUGCCAAAAUAACCAGUACUUUACUCCUAUAAAUUAUAAUCCUUAGAUUUAGUCCCCUGGUCAGAUCUUACCAAUGACUGGACCAUCAUUAACUACUCAGGAAAAAAGGCUGGUGUUCUGAACGUGAAAGGGCAAAAUGUGGCCUAAAUCUCUCCUGUUCUGUGAUGUCAAAGUUGUGCGUUGCUGCCGCCAACUUCCACUUGUUUUGUUGCAGACUGAGAGCUUUACCCUUUGGAUCUAGUUUCUUUGUCUUUUUUUUUUUUUUUUUUUUUUUUUUUUUUAAAGAUGUCUUGUACUGUACUUCCUAAAAGUGAUCAAUAACCACUAGCUGAUUUAUUUUUGUAUAAAUUAUGGCAAUAGUUACAGUCUGAUCACUGAUGUUUAUUGAGCUGUCUGGCUGAUUGUAGAUUGAAGUUGAUCUGAAGCAUGUCAUUUCUAAAGUGGGAUGUCCAAAGAACAAUAUUUUCAACGUUUAGCCGACUGUUGACUUUUUUGUGUGAAAGCACUCAAAAGACUACCAUAUACUUUCUGGAAGGGGUUUCUCUAUUUACAAAUUAUUCCAAGGGAGACUUUGUGAAGUACUUGGUUUGCAAAUGGAGAAACCACUUAUAGUCUACUACUGCUGUCUGCGCUGCUGUUUCCCUGUUAUAGAUUGCCAGUCUUAUCCAGCAAACGGGUAGAUUUUCUCCACUUUUUUCUUUAUUUUUCUGUUAUUGUUUUAGUGACUGAUCAAGCCAUUGUAUUGGGAUUCUGAGUCCCAGAGAUCCUAUUUUUAAUCAGUCCAACUUUUACAAUGACUGCAAUUCCAACAGAAUAGGGUGGUGAUGAUGUUGCAUCCUCAGGAUUUUGAAUGUCCUUCAGCAAUGCAUCAUGUUCGCAAUGUAUUUGUUAGUUUGUAUGAUACCAAGAAUGAUUUGCGGCCUCCCAGGGAAAUCCAGAGGUAUCAUAGUUUGAUUCUGUCAAACACAGUUUGUCCUUGUGUCAUAAAAAGCGUACCCUGUUGCAGCUAUAGCCGACCUCUGCUGAAAAGCAAAGGCGGCUUUAUACCGACUCUUCUGUUUGAUCACAGACACGAAUGGUCACAAAGAUAUUACUUUUGAGGGACAAGGUCCUCAAUUUCCUUAAGGGGAUUGUUAAAGUAUAUAUCAAUCAUCAGCUCACUGUCACAACUUACAGCAGAUAUGAUCUGUACUAUUUUGAGUUGAGAACCUUGUUCGAAAACAUUCACUGUCAUUUCUAAGGGGGGAAAAAAAUUGGUUUCACUUUGUCGUUCAAUGUAUUUGUUGUGUUCAUAGCUGGUGCACUGGAUAUGUUGCAAACUACAAAUUUUCAAAAUAAUUAUAUUUGCCUUGCUUUAAAAAAUUAAGAUAACCUGACAGAUGCAUUUUUUAAAACUUUAUAGUAUGCCAAACUCUCAGGGGAAUUAACUGCUGUUUUAUGUUCAAGAAAGCAGCUUGUCAGUACUACAUUAAAAAAAUGCCUUAAUUGAAAGUCUUUGGAAUUUAAUUUUGAUUGUUGCAACUCCUUUUCAGAUGCCUGUACAGAACUACUGAAAGGUUAAAUGUCAUCAGUGGAGUUUUUUUCUGUCAGUAGCAUCUUAUACUGUACCUCACAUGGGUUAAAAUGCAAAAUGUUAUUUUCCGGGUUUUUUGAAUUUGUGUUUUUUAAAAUUAUUUCUUUCAAGGAGUUCUUGAAUAAAGAUGGGGAGUUUUGGCAAUUUUAAUGUAUUUGUCAUUAAAGUUAAGUUUAG